AUGAGGAGAGCAGCGAGGGGUGUGGUGUGGCCAGCGUCCCUGGCUGCUGUUGUGGUUGUGGUUGUGACUGUGGUGGUGGUGGUUGCUGGUGGCGGUGGUUGUGUUGCUGCGAGCGGAUGUGAAGGUGAUGGUGCGAUUGAAUCAACAACGGCACGAUCAAGUGGAGAUCAGUGGUGGCAGGCCGUCCGCACACUGGGUGCCAGGAAGAAGAAAGCGAGCGCCGCUGAUGACACAGAUGCUGGUGCGAAUGAACCAGAAGUGGAUGCCCUCCUCUCGGAACUCCUGGAUGCAUUGCGGGCACGAUCCGAGUGCCCACUUGAACCAUUGUUGCAACAAAGGGAACCCAUCCACGUGCAAGGCGCUGGCGCAUUGUUGGACUGGCCCUGCCUGCACUGGACACCCGAGCAGCUGGCCACCUCAUGGCCACCACCGAAGGUCAUGCGGGACGUCAAGGCCCUGCCGUCGCUCAACUCCUCAUACAUGUUCCCCAGUGACCAACCGCUGGCGCAAUACCCAGAGGUGUACAACGCCACGUGGCGACCACACUUCUCCCGCCACAACCUUACCACGGACGCCUUUUUCGCCCACAUGGCCUGCGCGGAAGGCGACAAGGCCGCUUGCACGAGUGUCCAAAACACCAACCCGGAGCUCCUUCGCGUCGGCAACAGCAGCGUCUGCGAUGACGGCCUGAAUGAAACCUGCGCAGCAGACGAGGACGCAGCUGUGUGCAGUGGAGGCUGCUCAGAUGAAGCAGCGACUGGGGCAGCAACGCCAACCAUGUCAGGUCGAUCUGGUGAUGAGGUUCGCCUCAAUUUUGCCGGACCACUGGAUGAUCUGGGAGAGCUGGCAUCCGACUUUCCCUUUGCCGCAGCAGUGCCCUGUGGGUUGGAGCACGAGGACCACUUUGAGGUUCGCCCGUAUGUGUGGAUCGCAGAGCGUGGUGCGCGCACUCCAACCCACUAUGACGUGUUCAACAACGUCUACUUCCAAGUGUACGGAAACAAGACGUUCCUGCUUGCACCUCCCAGUACCCACAAGCAAUUGAAGCUGCAAUCUGCACUUCAUCCAGCCCACCGCUCCGCACAGCGCCAACUCUCCCGCAUCCACAUGAACUUUUACACUGGGGAGGCAUCUGCAGUUCCGGUUUAUCGUGUCACUCUUCAGCCUGGCGAUGUGCUGACCAUCCCGGCGCUGUGGUUGCAUGAGGUCAUUGCUGACACGCCGUCCAUAUCCGUCAACACGUGGAGCGGGGCGCGUGCGACGUUUGUGUCUGAUCAGGCCGGCAGCGAACUCGAGCGCGUCUUCAGCCACGAUGAGCUGCUCCACGCCGCCACUGCGCCCCUCAUUCUCCGCGAAAUGCUCGUGCUCAUCUACCAGGACCUCGCAAUCACAGAUGACGAGUGGGUGACGCUGCUGUUGGAUGAACUGCUGAUGGAUCGAUACGGCAGCAUCGACGUCCCUUUCCAGUGCACCACCAAUCACGAUGGUGGAAUGCGCGAAGCAGCUCAUGCCAAUGGUGAUGGUGCAGCCUCUGGUGGCGAACAGACGCACAUGCGCGCGUUGUGUGCGCGCGUGUGUCGCUCGCGGUCGUCCUUGAGCGCCACGAACACCACGACACCGCCGCCGUCAUGCCGACACGAUGAAGUGGACGCGUUCAUUGCCAACGCCAACGUGGUGCUGCAGGACAUUCAAGGGACAGUGCGCAAUGUGGUGGCAGAUUUGAAGCAGGUGCAAGAGCUGGUUGGCGACGGUGGCCGUGCCAUGUUCAACACGCUGCUGCUGAACAUGGUUGAGCGGGCAGCGGCGCACCUUGUUGGCCCAACACAUGUCGCGCAGUUCAUAUACGACAGCAUCUGUUGUGUGUGA